AUGCUUGACAUUGAUAGUCCAAGGCUAGUAAAAAAAAUCAGGUCAAUCGAUCCCAUUUUUGUAAAAGGAAUCAAUUUUUCAGACUACGAAUUUUUAUUUACUGAACAGGAAUUGCCUGACAAAGGGGAAGAUGGCUCAUCAGGGUCGACUUAUAACAUUAAAUUCUCCGCGCUUUUGGGCGGUAGCUGUCAAUCAUCCGACGACUGCUUAUCAACACCGUUUUCGAACUGCACCAACGGAACCUGCUCCUGCAAGGACAAUUACAUUCUCCAUGAUGGAGUUUGCUAUGAUUGUGUCACGACAUCCUACCACUGCAAGGAAGGAACUUGUCAGGAGGCAAUUUAUUUCGUGGUUAAUGAUCAACAACAAAAACAAAAACUACUGUCAUUAAAACCGGGAGCUACUUCCUACUGGACUCCAGUAGGUGAAAAUGGAACAAAAUUAGAAGACAGUGUCGUCAUCAGAAAGGAUGCAAAUGGUUCCCUUAGGUAUAUUCAGUGGGUUAUUGGUUUUAAUAAGAUUAUUGUAAAUAAAAAUGUAUACUGUAUGACUUUGAUGGCCUUGAGGGAACCCAGGCUCUAA